AUGGUUGAAGAUGGAACUAUCAUUCCGUCAAAAAAUGUUCUGUUUAGGUGGGAUCCCCGUAGUCAUUCGACAAUUUUUGACACACAGACACCAACAGAAGAUUCUUCUUACCAAAGGAGAGGCUCGGAAUACAAAAACCAACACACAAUCCAAGAUGUACUAGAUAAUCUCGACGACCAUGGAAAAGAAGAGCUUAGCAGGUCACUUAAAGAUUCCACAACUCAGGGCUUGAACAUGAACCCGGAUUUAUUGUCAAAGGGGCGAGAUAAAAGAGCAGAGUUGUUAAAAAAUCUAAAGAAAAUACAACUGCACAAUACGAGGGACUGGCUAGGAUCGAACAGUAGUAGAUCGAGCGUGAACAAGGUGGACACACUGGACAGAAUGUCAUCGAUGAUAAUAAACCCAGAGUUCCCAAUGAAGCACGAGGCAGUAUUGUACAGCAUACAGCUGGGAAAGUCAGAUUACGAGUUCUAUAACGCACUGAUACUGACUAAGUUGAGCAGAAUGAGUAAUAUCGCGAUAUUGGAGCUUAUUAGACAGCCAGUGUACGUGCGAAACAGGAUCAUAGUGCUGACGGACAGAAAGACCUGCACGUGCCCUCUGAGUGUGCUGACGAGGCCGCAGCCUCAACAACGCCAUUUUCUUCACCAGAGAGGGCCGCUCCUUCAAAAUCAGCGUACUCAAAGAGGAUUUGGAGAUGGGUUUUUCAAUAGGUUAGUGUCGCCACAAUCGACGUUGAUGACGCAGAACAUAUUCGGAGGAGAAAGGACUUACGCGAAUAUGUUCGGACUUGACAAAAAAUCGGAAUCGGAUAGAAUGGGUGAACAAAUAGACGAUAAUGAAAUAGUGUGCCCGUUUCAUGAGCCUAUGGAGUUGCCUGAAUCAGUUAAAAGCCCAAAAGGAUUGUGCGGAGUGAUCGAGUACUACAACCUCUAUUAUAAGUACGAUGAGAGGAAGGUGGACAAUAAAAACAGCCACGUGUUAUCGCUGUUCAACAUAGGCUCAGAAACAUGGUUAAAAGAUAAGCAAGAGCAGAUAAGACGGAAACAGAGUUCAUAUAAAGUGUUUCAAUAUAAGCUGCCAUCUAAGCUGUUGGCAAUUAACCACGUGUACCUGAGAGACUUUGAAUACGAAAGAUACUACUCAGCAAGUAACAUGUACAACAGCGGAGUGAGUGAGGAGGAGCCUGUGGGUGGAGAAAAGGGAGUGUAUCUGUCGAAACUGUACUCAGGAGACGCACUAUUCAUGGUGACGAAGACGGAGAUAAUAAUAGCGCUAAUUCACAUGAAAAUGAACAGCGAGGCAAGAGGUGACGGAGAACUGAAGCUGAGCGUGAUUCUGAGGGACGCCAACCACAGAAUAGACGUGAAGGAGGUGCUUAGCCACAGAGAAACGGGAAGAAUAUUCAUGCUGGAGUCGAGCAGUCUGUUGUACGAGUACCAGUACCAGUUGGGGCUGACGCCAACAUCUCUGAAGGACCACAAGGUAGUGAGGUACAUAUACAAUCGACUGAAGUACACGAAGCACGUGCUCUUUGACGCGGUGAAGAGCAAUAGGACGUAUAAUCUGUCAAAAAGCGGGCCUGAGGGGAACCGGAACGAAAGAACAGUGGAAGUAGAUGAGUACGGUAACGAGUAUGGCCACGAAAAUAGAAGAAGCGGAGAAAUCAAAGAAAUGUGGGAAGAGGACAACUGCCUGAGCUCUAUGGAAUGCGCGGUGACGAAUACAACAUGUUACUACCCGCCGCUGCAGUGGAAGGAGAUUAAAAGGAUGGCACAGAGAGUUAGUGGAAUCACAAGGUUGUUCAGAAGAGAAGCAGACACAAAGGAAACGUGCAGAUGCGGCUUCGGCUGUAGGUCGGAACAAAUGAAGAGGAACCUGAAGUGCAUUAACCCGUGGAACAAGAAGCUGAUGAAGACGGGAGAAAGCAUAGCAGUGAUGGACCAGAACAGAUGGACGCUCUCAGUGCUAAACACGACGAGCGGAGACCUGAGUGUGUUUUACCUGCACGGAUACACGUCGGUCGAAGAAUACACGACGAACGUGCAGAACCAGGAAAGAGUGUUCCCGUACGACCUGACGCUGUACAACCUGAAGCACGGAAGCAUCAUGAGUACCCUGGAGAGGCUGGGGUACACGAGGUUCGCGUUCGGAGCGCGCUUCGUGAAGAUACUGGCGGCGCCGCUGGACUUCGUGCACGGAGUGGACCUGAUUCUGGUGGACAACAACGGAGUGAAGGUGUUCGUGGGAUUCUCGAACUCGACACUUACGUCGCAGACGAGUCUGAUAACCUCGAGUCUGGCGACGAACCUGAGCGCAAACCUGACGAUGGACACAAUCAGAAUCAACGCAGUGAACGACAAGGCGACGUCGAACCCGAGUAAGAUUGAGUUGAGCGUUAAGGGGUACAGAAUGCCGUACAGACAGAUGGGAAGUAACCCGCGAGGGCCAUUCGGACUGUUCAGGUCGAAGCCGAGCGUGACGACGUUCCUGCUGGACAGCACAUUCAUGACGAUAGAGCCAGUGAGAAAGCUGCAAAACGGAACGCUGGUGAGAAUCGUGGUGACAAAAAACGACUCCUCGAGCUAUUUCCAGAGCCACACGACGCUGCCGCUCUCGAUCAACGAGGAGUUCUACAUGUUCAACGAAAACGCAGUGCAGUACAGAACUUUUGAAGAGAAUCAGCCUUUGGAGUACUACCACGAGUUCUACAUAAUACUGGACGAGAAGGAGAAGAUAAUAACAGCCGUCGAUGUUAAAGGAGUCAUCGGUAGAAGAAGUGAAGAUUCAGCAGAAAACAGUAGAAAUAGAACGAGUGCGGUAGACGGAGUUACGGAAGGCCAUGAAGGAGUGAAAGGAGUGGAGAACUUAUUAUACAUAGUAACGACGGAGAGAGUGUACGCAUUCAAUAAGCUGAAUGAGAGCAUGCUGCUGAAGUCGCUGAUCAAGUACCCGAAGAGCACACUGGACUUGAUAAGGCCGCCGCCACUGCUUAACGGAAACACAAGGAGUGCAGCUAGCCGCAAUAAUAAUAUACUCGAAAGCCUACGAAGACAGAGGCUAAUGGAGGCUGGAAGGGGUACUAAUGCGUCAAACGGAGUGGAUGAAAGAGGGCUGAUAAGGUACUUCAUGAGGUCAAUGGACGAUAACACAAUGCUGCAAGAAAUAUUGGACUCAAGUGGACCUGGUCAAAAUGGUGGCCAUAACAGAGAAGAUGGAAGGAGAGACGUGGAUGGACCGGAAGGCCUGAACAGGUACCUGAGUAGAAUAAACAGGGCCGACAGAGACGAGGAGGUCUUCAGAAACGCGUUCGGAGAAGAGAUGGAGGACCUGUGCGAGAAUUCGAAUGAAAUCAUAGGGUACUCGCUGUACUAUAUGUCCUGGCUAUACGGACCGGAGAACAUGUUUAAACAAAUAUUCAAUUAUCUGGUGGACAAGGUGGUAAACUACGUAGAAUGCGAAAUGAAUCAAGGGAAUGUGCUAGGAGGAGGAAAAGGUCCGGGAAUAAGAAGAGAAGGGUUGCGUAGAAGCCACAACGGAGAGGAGGACGUGUCGGACAGCGACGUGCUCUACAGCUAUUUGUUCGCAAAUCACGUGGAGGGCUACAGCGCAUUCAUAGCGAGCUUCGGAAUACCCUACAAAAUAUUCAACUACGUGGCGCCAGGAUGCUACUCGGUCUGCGAGGACGGCUUCGAAAGGCCAGUGAUCUCACCGUGGUGCAAGUUCGUGGCCUUUAGCAACAACAAGGUGAAGAGGAACAGAGUGGCGACGAACACGACGCCGCUGGUGGACGGGCUGUUGCUGCUGGUAUCGGAGUUGCUGACGCCGAUGUACUACAACAGGAUGUUCAACCUGGUGCCGCGCAUGUACACGUCACAGGUGACAAACCCAGUGUUCCCGCGCCAGACAGACGAGGGAGCUGAGGCAUCGAGAAUGGCUUACAAUUUUGACGGCACUACCGGUAUUAGCGGCAAGGGCUACGUGAUGGACGGCAUGAAGCUGAACAAGUUCGACGGCGUCAACGAGUUUGUGGUGGGCGAGAGAGUGGACAUGUACCUGACGCUGGAGCUGGCAAUGGGCCGGAAGCGGGCGAAGAAGCUGCUGCAGAAGCUCUACACGCUGAGCAUGCUGGUCGACGAGCUCGUGCUGCAGUACGAGGGCUGCAACCUGGACAACGUGGUGCAAAUAAUGAGCACGCUCGCGCCGAACGUGGUGAGGAUGGUCCUGGAGCCGAACGUGAACCAGCAGGAGCCGUACCCGCCCUCGCAGACGACCCACUCGUACGGAGAGCCGACGAUAACGACCACGACGGUUAACGAGUUCUACAACGCGGACGGCAAUUCGGCGCACGACCCGAAGACAAUGAACAGAGUGCUGCUGUCGCUGCUGGAGCGGCUGAUAAGGGACCGCUACGCAAACGACCUCAGAACGCUGAAGGAGCUCUCGACGGUGCUGCAAGUAUCCCAGGAGUUCAUCGCCUCGGCACUUCUCAUACACAACAACGCAGUGCUAGGCGACAGCAACUACGAAUUCGACAAGAUGCUGGACAUACUGCACCUCUUGCCGACAAAGACGCCGAGAAGCUUCUUCGGCCCUCACGAUUUCAGCCUAAACUGGAGCGCCGAGAAGAAGUUUGUGUUCCCGUACAGCGCAAAGUUCACGUACGACUCGCCGAAGUCGAAGCUUAUACUGACGAAAACGCUGAUGAACCUAAUGUCGCGCUCGAACUUAAUAAACCUGUUUAUGAACAAGGAGUUCUUGAGCCUAUACAGAGUAUUAGUAUGGCUGGUGGGAGAAAACGUGUCAGAGUUUCAGAGGCACUUCUAUGGGCACCUCUUCACGUCCGAAGAGAUUGACAUCAUGAGCAGCUGCAACAGAGUAAAGUACCUCCAAAGACAGCUGGAUAACGCAGACGACUUGCCGAGAGCACAGUACAUUCAAACACUAAUAAGGCAGUUCACGGCCAACCGGCCAAACACAACCUAA